AUGACGACAAGUGUUCUAUUGGCCGUGAUCGCAUUGGGAGGUGUUUCACUGAUCAUGGGAGACACUAAUCAUCGCCACCUUUAUGGAGUUUCAUUUGAAAACGGUACAUGCAAGUACCGCAAUCAAACACUCAAAGAUGGAGGCCUUGUAAGAUUUAAGUACCCUUGUGAAAUCUGGCUUUGCGAUGUAACAGCGAAAAACCUUACAGUUAAAGGGUGCAAUGUCAGACCCUAUAGAAGUUGCGUCUUCGUGCACAGCCCUCGUUACUACUGGCCACUUUGCUGUCCGGAGUAUCCGAUCUGCUAA